UAUCAAGAGGAGACCCAAAGAAAGAAAGAAGCCAUAAUAAUAAUACAGAGAGAAGAAUCUGUUCAAACCAAGCAAAGCUUAAAGGCUUUAAAGCUCUGAGAAAGUCCACUGCAAUAUUCUCUACAAGAUUUGAAGAAGCAAUCUAAUCUUUGUUGGCUCUGCUUUUAAGAAUCUAUAUAUACUCUUCGUCUUCAGGACAAGUUUGUUUUCUUUUCUUCUUUGUCUCUGUUUCAUCUUGAAAUAUUCAAAGUUAAGAUCUAGGAGGAAGAUUCAUUCAUCUCAAUAGCAUGGUUGGUAUUUUCUCAAGAUUCUCUGUUGUUAGAGGCGGCCAUAGACGAACUCAGAGUGCCAACGAUGGAAGGGAAACAUUGCCUCCAAGAUCUGAUCCUGUUGCUUCAACUAACUCCGCAACCGCUUCAACUCAUGGGAUCGAAGUAGCAACAGAGUUUAAACCGGUGGAUCACCCGAUGGAGCCCUUAGACAACGAUCAACCGAUCCAAUGCCCACUCCCCGAGCCAUCCAUUCUCAAUGACGGGAGACUCUGGAAAGAGAGAGUGUCGGCUUCUUCGAUGAGGAGACGAGGUGAUUUGGCGAUUGUCCAAGAUGGGAUGGAUGAAGAAUCUGACGUUUCUGUGACAAUUCCAUCAGGGACUAGCCAAUGCAAUACCAACCGUCUGUUCUUGCCUUCGCUCAGUGCGCCCGAACACGACUUGCUUAAUCUACUAGAAGAAUGCAAAGUAUCUGGUAGUAUCUAAGAGCCAAGGCUGGUCUAGACUCUUUUUUUUUUAUAUAUUUUGUGUGUAAGAACAAAACAAGAUCAUAAUGAAUGUCAUUUAACUUAAAUCA